CAGAUGUGGCCCUCUCCAGGAAAGAAACACAGAUCAGAGAAGUCCUAGUCAUUUUUUCCAAUAGAGAAUCGAGAAUAAGCAAUUAAAGGAUCUUUAACUUCAAUGGUGUUCUUCUUUAAAGCAAGCCAAUCUGACCAUCUCAAGAACCCUGGAAGGCACGAAAGUACGUACCUAAAUCGAUGGUGGGGUUGGUGGUGCUCCAUUGGCCCACAAUACCAGAUACCCAAUCUUUGUUCCCGAACAAAUUCCGUUGGCCGAUUCUUGCGCGAACAGCAACUUCAAGACCAACAUCCAACGCAGCCGCAACACUCUAUCUCGUGCAUUGCGAACUGCGGCAGUACACAAACAAACGUCCUCAUAACGGACGAUCAUCUGUAGUCACAGGAGAUUUGCGGUUGUUGCCGCGCAAGUCUCAUGUGCGGGAUACACGCUGUCGUUUCUUGCGACGGCUUCCAGUCGCUGCCCCGAGACGUCAAGACAUGCCUCUGCAACCGCGGUCCGGAUCACCUAGGCGAAGUUCGCUGUCAAACGUUCGGCGAUAGCGAUACUCCUAUCUUUCUGACAUUGACCUCGACGGUUCUAGCUCUGCGCGGUGACCACGUCACCCACCAGCCCUUUCGUAACGCGUCUUCCGGCUCCGUCCUUUGUUGGAACGGCGAAGCCUGGAAGAUUGCUGGCGAAUCCGUCCAAGGGAACGACGGAGAGGCGAUCUUUGCUUUGCUCGCCGCGGCCAGUAGCCGCGAUGCCGCAGAAGAUGCAGUCUUGGAUGUGCUGCGCAGCAUCGAAGGUCCUUUCGCGUUUGUCUACUUUGACGCGACUUCGUCUCGUCUGUUCUAUGGUCGCGAUCGGCUUGGUCGGCGCUCGUUGCUACUCAAUGGGGAGGGAGGAAUCAGGCUAUCCAGCAUCGCUGAGAGCAUAUCACCGGCGUGGGCAGAGGUGGAAGCAAAUGGUAUAUACGUCGUAGACUUGGCAGCCUGGGACAGUGACUCACUGAAGUCGAGCUCGCCUCGCUCUUGGACGCCAGGCGAUACCGAGACGGUCCUCAAUAUUGGAGUCUUCAACAUGGCACUCCCGCCAUCAGAUGUUCAGCCACUGUUAGCAACGUCACCGUCAGUGCAAUCAGUCAAGCAGCAGAUGACCGAGUCGCUCAAGUUACGCGUCCUGAAUGUCCCUGAGCCCCCAGCCCACGAUGCUGGCAACGACACGCGAGUAGCUGUCCUGUUCUCCGGUGGGCUGGACUGCACAAUCCUAGCACGGAUGGCUAGCGACUUGGUUCCAUCUGAUCAAGGCAUCGACCUGAUCAACGUGGCUUUCGAGAACCCUCGCCUAGCAGCGAAGGCUGACAAUUCUCCUGGUGCGCCGAGUCUCUAUGAGGCUUGUCCAGACAGAAUCACGGGAAGGAAGUCCUUUGCCGAGCUGACUACUGUCUGCCCAGCUCGCGAUUGGAGAUUCAUCGCCGUUGAUGUUCCUUACCAGGAAGUACUCGAGCAUCGGAGCCAAGUGAUCUCUUUGAUGUAUCCCCAUAACACCGAGAUGGAUCUCUCCAUUGCAUACGCCCUCUACUUUGCCGCCCGCGGCAUCGGCAUGUCACAAAGUAGCCCAUCAGACCCAGUCGUCAAAUAUUCCACGCCCUCGCGAGUGCUUCUCUCUGGCCUCGGGGCCGACGAACUCUUUGGCGGCUAUGUAAGGCAUACCACCGCAUUUUCGAGGAGAGGCUAUCCGGGCCUUCUGGAGGAGCUCAAGCUGGAUGUUAGCCGGCUGGGCAAGCGCAAUCUGGGACGCGACGAUAGAGCCAUGUCUCACUGGAGCCGGGAAGUACGAUUCCCGUUCCUCGACGAGCAGUUUGUCAAGUGGGCCAUCGAGUGUCCGGUCUGGGAGAAGUGCGACUUUGCGUAUCCCGAAGGAGAUUCGGGGGUCGAUCCUGAGAAGCGAGUGCUGAGGCUUCUUGCGAAGGACCUUGGCAUGGGCGCAGUCGCCCAGGAGAAGAAGAGAGCGAUUCAAUUCGGCUCGAGGACCGCAAAGAUGGAGAGUGGAAAGACAAAGGGAACAACACUCAUUGCUCCAUGAGUGUAGCUUGGGAGACAAGUGCUUCCCAAGGCUGGCGAUGAUGACGUACAGAUACUUCCGAGCUGGCGGUCUCUUGAACGAUAUUGCCAGCGACUGCGCGUUUCUGCUUUGCAGUAACCCUUUGCUUGCAGCAUACGUUCAAGUUAAUAAUUCAAGACCGCCGGCGAUGAUGUCGUAAAGGCAAGUCUGAGCCAGAAGAUAGAUGAGCUAGAUCUACCUUACGAAAUUAGACAAGAAUUGACGGAUACUUCCGACGCUCUUCGCAAAAAAUGGUUCUAUUUCCUGA